AUGAAACCCAGGGGAAAUGACUGCCUUUUGUGUUCCCCACAACUAGCAAAUAGCUCAUUGCAUUUAAGUGAAGGAAGUGUGUUCUCUAGUGAAGAUCCGACAAAAACUUUAUCUAAUAAUGUAACCCCAUGGAUUGAAGAGAGUGUAAAUGGUAGUAUUGAGAAAGUGGAACUUUACAGCAGUUUACUGAAAAACAUUACUGAAACCAAAAGGUCACUGAAAUCAAAUGUGCAAAAGAGGGAUCUUCACCACAGAGAAUCUGAUUUAAGUUCAAGCAAAAGUGCACUAUCUUCUUGCACUGGUAGUGAAGAUGUGCUGAAUUCAAAUUCUUAUGAAAUUAUUAUGAAUGAUAUUGAAGAGGUGGAUCUGGAGACAGAUGACACAUUAGUUACCAUUACCAUAUCAGAAAACAAGGAAGAUGAGAGAAAUUUGCACGCUGAAUGCUCUGCUGCUGUGCAAAUUACCAACAACACAUUUUGUGAAUAUCCCAUAAAUUUGAAAGACUGCUUCCAACAAUGUUUGAAGUUUAUUUCAGCAGGCUGUACAUGUCAACGUGGGAAUUGUGUUUCAUCACAAGAAAAUGAUUUUGAUCUAAGUAAGACAGCUGACUGUUCUGCCUGUUGCUUGGAGGUAAAUUGUUUUAUGUGCUCAAAUACUUUCUCCUCUUACUAUAAGUUAAGAGAUCAUUUGAUUAAGGAUCACAGUUUAAAAAUCAAUGCUAAUAUGUUAUCAGACCCAGGUUCAGAGUACUUACAUAUAAUAGUCAAGCACUUGAAGGUUUUAAAUUGCAAUUGUGCUCAUUAUGAGUGUAAAAAAUGCAAAGAAACAUUCCAGCAACGUCUUGUACUCUUACAUCACAUACUGUCACACCACCCACAGUUUUACUCCACUUUUUCAUUCUUUCCAUUUCAUUCCGUUGCAUGCUAUACCAUUAGCUGCCCUCAGUGUGCAAUAUUAGAGAAAUUGUGUACCAUUAACUAUCUUCUGUUCAUAAAGGUUUUACUUGAAAUUGAAAAUUGCCAAAAGGAUAAGUAUACAUUGUUGCUGGACUGGUGCCCCUCUGUUAAACCUGUAAGACAUAAUGUUGAAUGCCUCAGUGAAGAGCCACACAAGAAAGCUGAACUAUUAGACAGUAGUAGAGAUGGGAAGGUAGUCUGUUACUGUAUUAUACAGCAAACUCAUUCAGGUAAAAUAGUACCUAGAGUGAAAAAAAUGAAGCACUCAGUGUCUGAGUGCAUCUGUCCUUUGCUAAAGUGUCCUACAUGUCCCAAAACCACUGCAACCUUUGGAAGCCUUCGGAAGCAUAUCAGACUGAAUAAUCACAACAACUGGAACAUGAAAUUAUUGUGGAGAAAGUAUAAAAUUAUCAAAGAAAAUUGCUCUGCUUGUGGCAGAUUUCCCUAUUUAGAUUAUAUUUUGUGUCCGCAUUGCCCACACAUAUCUUUUGAAGAUGAAGAAGCAGCAGAGGCUCACAUGGAUUCACUACAUCGAGAAAAAGUCAACAAAUGCACAGGGUCUUCAUCACCACAUGAGGCGGCUCGGGCAUGAGACACCAGAAAACUUUGUUGCGCUUCCUGGAAUGAUUAAGAAGAAGGCAAAAGAUGCCAAAAAAUGUCCACGAUGCUCUUUAUUUAUGUCAUCCAAAACUUUGCAUGCUGGGAGUGAUGAAGAUGAGGGAGAGUGU